AUGAAUCCUUGCGCACCCACGUUCGUACCGACCUUGGAGGAUGGCUCUUCUAACGAGGACGAUCCCCUACCUCUGCCAACGAAAAUGCAUCGUUCAGCUCAGAAUAUCCUCCUAAAACCACGCCAGAGCAUUGAACUUCCUUCUAUCACUAUUGACCCGGACAAAUACGACACAAUGUUCCCUGCCCUUCAGGGAGUUGACAGGCGAAGUGUUCGAAGUCCAAGACUGGUAAAGAAGCGACAAGACAAGAGAUCCCAGGCAUCCAAGCUGACAAAAGGCCAGGCCCGACGAUCAAACUCGGAUGACGAAGAGCAGACAACCGUUAAGUACGAGAAGUCUGAGAAUCAGAAGGCUGAGAGUGAGAGCAGCAAGGUCGAUGGUGAGAGUGUCAACUCUUCUUCUGAAGAGGUAGAAUACCUCAAGCCAACUAUCUACACUCCGAAGAAGUCCCUAGAGCUACUCAAACCAACCGUCUACACUCCUCCAACUUCGUCUCGAGAGAGCCAUCGAGCCAGAUCUGGUGUGGCCAAAAGAACCGGGAGAUCAUCUAAUUUAAGAAGCAGCACUACAUCUCCCAGACGCACGUGGAGGCCCUCUACUCCUCAUCCAGAAGGCAAGCCACGAGGACCAAAGUCUCAUCGUUCACUUACCCCUAUCAACAUACCAACGCGAUAUCUGCCUUCUGCGCCUUUCCCACCCCUCUCUUACGGUCAGUGUUAUCCUGAAUGCCACGGUCAAGUACAUCACCAUAUCGACUACCCACCGUUCGUGUCGCCGCCCAUGCCGCCUCUUAUGGUACCUACCAUGAUGCCGUUUGCAGCUUGGCCAAUGCCUCCGAAUAUCGGAUGUCCCCCCGAUUGCGAAUACCAAUUCGAACGGGUGUAUGGACCUCUGCCGAAUGAAGAUGGCGGCGCACUCUAUGGACCGCUUCCUCCACAGGCCUAUCUCCAUCCCCAGCCGCAAUCUCGACCACCAAUGCAACAACAGAGUCGAAUAGAAACAGAAUACGAUUCACACCCGCGGUCUGCUUCUCGUUCGUCUACCGAGAUGGAUGAUCAAAACCGCCCCUCUCAUAUCAGGUCGGUCAAAGGCCACCAUGGGCAAAAACCAAACAUGCUAAGUUCCGUUCUAACCGCCAAUGGUCCUUCUGGUGCCACACACUUGAAAACGCAGGUUGAAAAGAUCAAGCAGGAGAGUAGAGGGAUGAUGUCGGUGCCUGCUGGUAAAGACCGCCAACUUCUUGGCGUUGUUUGCAACGAUGACACCAAGCGGGAGCAAAUCGGCAAGGAACUUCGAGAGGUUGCUGAAAAAACCAAGACCACCGGUUUCAUUCCAACACGACAAGUCAAAUCUGCGCAGGAUUCUCCCAGCGUCUCUAGAGCUGCCAAGAUCAACAUUAAACGGGAGAGUCAAGCCCAUGCUCAGGAAAAGUCUCGAGGUACAGAUCAGAAACCUAGCAACCCGCCCCAGAACGCUCCCACAGGCCCAGCUUCUACGCGCACUCUAGCUCAAUCGUUUAGCGCAACCGUGAAGAAGGCUUUGAACUUGAAUGUAUCCGAGUCUGGUACUUGGUCUCAAUCCAAAAGCUGGACCAGCUUCGCUACAAGGGAGCGUCAGGCCUUUCAGAAGAUGAUGGCUAACCUGCGCUACAUGAGCGCAGACCAAUCUCCAUUUGUUCCUCAAAGCCCGGCAGAGCUGACGGCUUUUAAAGCAGCCCUGGCGGAAUCGGAGACGAAGAAACUCGGACAAAAGGUACAGCAGCGUCUCAAGGAGACCAACUCCAAGGAUGUUGAAGGUACCAAGGAUAAGAAAAAACCCACGAUGAAACUCUUGGGUGGUAAGAAAUUUGAGGACCAUCUUUCACCUGUUUUCGCAGCCGUUAACUGCUUCAACAAAGCACGGAUGAUGCCGCCUCAUGGGGCCGAGUGGCCGUCUCUUACAGAACUGAAGGAAGAGGGAGACAAACGUGCUAAUCGAGAGGGCCGAUGUUUGCCUCUUCCUCGAAUGGGUCUUGUUGCUCACAGAUUCUUGCACUGGGAUGAUGAAGCAUAUGACUCGGAUGGGUCAAUUCAUUGGGACAAGAAGGUUGUCCAACUUAGACUCAGUUCUCUGUGCCCUAUUACCGGACACGAGCCUUCUAUGCUUCCACCACCUGAACUUCAAACCGACGAGGCUCUGUUCUUACCUGCUGAUUUGCUUCAUGAUAUUGACAUGGUCGAUAUUGAGAAAGAGGAGAAGGAGGAGGAGGGCGGAAAGAGCUUAAAGAACAAGAAAGCUGAAAAGAAGGAACUUUCAAAGUAG